CAACUGUCUCGCCCUCGUUCAAUGCUUAAGACCAUCCAGUACUUCUACCGCGCCAGCUGCUGCUCCCUCUCCUUCGACAUUCAACCUUAACCUUCUCCGUCCAUCGCAGAUCACCGCCUAUGGCCAUGCGACAGAUGCUUUCGCUACGCAUACUCACGAAAGGUGUUCGAUCAGUGCGUCGUAUUACGGCUCACAACUACACCUGUAGGUCUCCCUCAGCUUGGUCCCGCUUCAACUCCACCUCUACCUCCAAUACAAUGUACCCGGACGCAAGUCCCCGGAUUAGUUCCUCACAUGGUCCACAAUUGUUCCGGUCAAAAGCCCAAGUUGAUAGUGAAACAAAAAGGUAGAACAGAAGUUUUCCAUCCUGCACCCUCCGUCUACGCCUAACCAGUCUUCGCCCAAGC